UUUUUUUCUUUCUUUCUUUCUCAUAACAUCAUAUUAUACUAUGACCAGAAACACUACAGAUGAAGACUCUCAUGAUAUCAUAGAAGAAGAACAUGAUAAACCAAGUUUAUUCGGGCACCAAUUCACCAUACAUAAUUUAAAAAGUGAACAUAAUGGAUAUCAACUUUGUUUCCAAUGGUGUAAGCAACAACAAGAGCAAGAACAAGAACAAGGACCUACAAAGAAUUGUACCAUGCUCUGUUUCAAGCGCAAAGUUAACGACAUGAGUUUGAAUUCAUCAACAACUGAUACCUCAAACGCAGAUACAACAUCUACAUUGGAUACAACACCAACAACAUCAGCAACUUACUUGACAGAUACUUUUACCAAGGCCGGUUAUGCAUUCAAGGAUAUUCUAUCAAGUUAUGUAGCCAAUCCUUUGAAGCGUUAUUCCAUUAUAACUGUCAAGGGAACUGACAUUACGACUUCAGACUAUAUCAAUGUACAACAACAUGAACAACAACAAGAGUUCCAAAGGUAUCCAAGAAUCAUUCAUGAAAUCAAUAUUGGAGAAAAAACUGAAUCUGCCUUGGAUAAUGGUAACGUUGGAUGUAUGUAUAUUUACUUUAUACGGAAACUAAAUGUUCUUUUUUAUUUAUAUAUAGCGGAAUGGAUGUUGAAGAAAACUCAUCAACUUUCCAAACAAUUGAUAAACACUUGGCAAACUAAACAUUCUACCUUUUACAAUAAAUGGAUUGGUGAUUUCAAUUAUAGUGAUACAAUUUUUAUUGUCAAGGACCGUGCUAGCAAGAUGAUGGAUGUUGCAAGGGGGAAAUACGAUGAUCAUGACAACAACAACAACAACAAAGAACAUAACAAUGACAAUGACACUUCAGAUAUUAUAAAUGAUUCAGAUAGUGACCCCUCUAAAAAGGAUUCAUAGGAUCUCCCUCUUACAUGCACACAUAUACAUACGACUUAUUUUGUACAUAUUUUUUUUUAUGCGUCUAUCUGUUUUAUAUUUCUGCAUUUUAUUUUUAUAGCAUUUCUACCUACAAAUAAUUUACUCAAUCAAUAAACAAUGUUGAUGAAUAUGAUGAUAAAG